CUCCUUCCAUCCAGCAAUCCUUCGUAUGGCUCGAGCUGCCCCCAAGAGUCCCACUCCCUCCCUUUCAAUCACCAUGCGCACGCACCAGGCGCCGUGCCCUUGAAUGGGCCCUAGAGAGAGCAGCGAAAGGGUUGCGUUGGCUGCAGGGGCUGCAUGACAUCUCGACGCAAAAUAUUUAGUCUGUUCUCUCUUCGUUCCCCUUGGAGCUUAUUGUCGCCUUGCCUCAGUCUGGCCGUGGCUCUGAAAAAGAAGAUCGCACCGCAACUCUGCUCCUGGUCGAUUCCUGGUUGUGCUGGCUCUCGGACCAUCCCCGACGUUGUGCCGUUCCUGUGCCUGGUGUUGUGCUGGGAGUUGUGCGAAUUGUGGGGAGAACGCAAGUACUUGAAGAUCGGAAGCCCUCAUUUCGAGCAAAGACGCGCUACUGCUGAGAGCACCCACUCACUCCUAGUUCAAGGCCAGCCUCGCCUCAGACAUUACCUUCUCUCCGCCCACCUUCAAUUCCGAACUUUGCGGCCUCAUCACUUUCCAACACACACUCCCCACUCGUUGUAAGACAACACAACGUCUUGACAGUGCCGCCACGCGUUCGAGGUUGCCGUGACACGGGCGUCUCCAUCAGCCUCCGAUAUUGUCUCCCAC